AUGAUUUUGAAUAAAUUAAAACAACAAAAAUUUUGGUACAUCAAUAAAAAUUGGAAAAUAAAGAAUCAAAUAUUAAUGAUACAAAUUGUAAGUUCAAUCUUUGUAUUCAUACUAUUAGCUUCAUCAAUUAUUAUUGGAUAAUUAAUUGUAUAGAAAACGAUAGAAGAAUCAUCUAAGAAAAUAUUUGUAAAAUAAACUCUGUAGCAAUUAAAUAGUGUUUAUUUGCAUAAAACUAAUAUUUAAUAUUUAAUAAAGUCUGCCUCAUAAUAAAUUUAAAUUGUUAAGUUGUUAAACAUAUUUACAUAACAAACAGGAAUAUCAACGGUUUAACCUUAUUAAUGUUUAAAUAAACCCAACACUAAUGAUUCAUACUGUUAUAAUUCUUCAUAUUGUUUUGGCCUAUUUGGAGAUUAUUAUAAUCAAACUCAUAUAGAGAAGUUAUGUUAUGUAUUUGCAAUAACUUCAUUACUGACAUAAUUUAGAAUAGCUAUUGAUAAUACAUAGGCCUUAUAUUUUAGUCAUGCCAAUUAAGCCUAAUUCUACACUUUAAGUUAAGGGUUUUACUUUAAACCUGGAUUCUAUCCACAUUUAAGACCAUGGUACAUUUAUCAUCUGAAUUCUACCAAUAAUGUUUCCGAUAAUGAUUUAAUUGUGUAUGGAUAACCAUAUAGAAUUUAUUUUACUGAUGGGAUUAGAAUUGCGAUCACUUCUAAUUUAUUGAAUUUCAAUUAUGAAAUUGAAGGAGUUAUUGCUAAAGAUAUUGAUUUUAAGUAAACUUUAAAUUACAAAUUUAUCGAUUAUGAGAUAACUCUAAUUGUAAUUAACUAUUAAGGUUAAGUUAUUUUUAGUAAAUUAUAUGAUUAUUAAAAUUAAUCUAUUCAUUCAAUCUUUGAUGAAAUUUACACUGGUUUUAAUGAAACUGAUUUUGAAUAAAUUAUGAAUUAUCAUAGUCGUAAAAAAUAUUCAAAUAGUUGUAACAUGAUUAUAGAAUAAGAGAACGUUUUAUGUAGAUAUAAUUCUAAAUUUGUAGAUUUUUGUAUUAUUUAGACUAGUCAAAUUGACAUAUUAUUACUAUUUAAAAAUACAAAAAAUAUAAAAAUGAUUUAACAAUAAUAAUUUAAUUUUAUCACUAAUGAAUAGAAGUAAAUAACUUAAUAGAAUAUUAUUAUGUAUUUACUUCUAACUUUAGCUGUUUUAUUGAUUGCUUACUUUAUAUCUAUUAUAAUGCUUAAAUAGUUAAGGUUGUUGAUUUCUUAUACAAAAUAUAGCAUUUCUGACAAUUGGAUAAUUAAUUUGUUCUUAAAAGGUUUUAUGAAAUAAAAAUAUUUGAUAUAAUCAUAAGAAAUAACAAGUUUAUAUUUAAGCAUAGUUGGAUUAAUUCACAACCUACGACCUUAAAAAAAAAAUAAAUAAUGUAUAUUAUAGGAAGAUAAAUUAUUUCCUAGAACCAGAAAAAGUAAAAAAUUAAACCAAAUAAAAGAAAUAAUAAAUCAAAUUGAGGAUGAUGAUCAAUUGAAUUUCAUUUAAUUCAAAUGA